AUGGCGAAAAUGGCUUUUCAACACCAAGCCGGCACGGCUAUGGAAUGCCUCAGUAUUCCAAUUACGCUUCAAAAGGAAGCUGGCGUAGACGCUGAAGGUCGGGAAGUAAUGAAAUGUGGUUUCAAAAUAGGUGGUGGUAUUGAUCAAGAUUUCCGUAAAAGUCCUCAGGGAUAUACUGACAAUGGUAUCUAUGUAACAGAAGUACAUGAAGGAAGCCCAGCAGCAAAGUCAGGAUUAAGAAUGCAUGAUAAAAUUCUCCAGUGCAAUGGUUACGACUUUACCAUGGUAACACAUAAAAAGGCCGUCAGCUACAUUAAGAAACACCCCGUACUUAACUUACUCGUAGCAAGAAAAGGAGUCACAUCCACAUAA